AUGGUGCGGCUUUACAACUUGCACCCGUUUGGGUCGCAGAGAGUAGUGCCCUGCAAGCAGGAGCCGGCGCAGUUCUGCCGCGGCCGCGACGUGCAGUUCGCGGCCAGCGCGGCGGCCAGCUGCGGGGUGGAGGUGUUCGCCGUACGCCGUGAGGGCCGCUGCAAGCCCUUGGGCUCCUUCGCCACCCUGGGCCCCGUGCUGCGCAUGGCGCACAGCCGUGCAGGAGACUAUUUGGUGACGAUUGAAGAGAAAAGCAAAGCAACUUUCCUAAGAGCUUAUGUGAACUGGCGAUGCAUGUCUGCAGGCAGUUCUCGUGUUUGUGUACGGAUGGUGGGUCACAAGAUGGAGGAGUCGUACACCGAAACCUUAAAAGAGCAGAUGUCGAUAGUGGAAAUGGCACUUUCAGAUCCUCCGCUGUGUAUUUCAUGUUGUCCUGUAAAUGGAGAUCUUCUUGUGGGCUGCAGGAAUAAGCUAGUCAUGUUCUGUUUGAAAUACCUGGUCAUAAACCAGAAUUUGACAGUAUUAGACUUUGAACGCUCCUUAAUUUUACACACUGAUAACUUCAUUCCUGCCGAAGUUGCAUUUUGCGCUAGGCACAUAGCGAUAACAACAGAGUUGGAUGUUCUAAUCCUGAAACUGGACCUGGUCCAGCAUAGUGCAGACAGGGGAGAGCAAUGCGCAUAUCAAGUUAGUACAACAGAAAAGCUGGUGGAUGGAGGUAAGUACAGAUAUUGAACUUUUUCAGACUGAGAAUCUGCUGAUUACUGUCAUUCAUAAAGAAGGCUCAAGCGUGAUGUCAUUCCAUACUGCCUGCUUGCAAUGUGUGGGAAUUAACCUGAUUAGCUCCCACCCAAAAAUCAGAUCAACAGCAGUGUAUGGGAACUGCUGAGUCAUGGCCUGAACCUCUGAUUAAUCACCUGAGGUGAGCCAUGAGUCAGCCAGAGGAGCACAGGUGAAGGCAAUUCACCCCUCCUGGACCUAUUUAAGAGCUGGCUACCAGAGGGGAAGGAUCUCUUCUGGAGAUCCCCUCUUCUGGU